AUGUCUGUUCGAUACAGCUCCAGCAAGCAGUUCUCUUCCUCCCGCAGUGGAGGAGGAGGAGGAGGUGGAGGAUCAUCCCUUAGAAUUUCCAGCAGCAAAAGCUCCCAUGGUGGAGGGUUUAGCUCAGGGGGGUUCAGCGGUGGCUCUUUUAGCCGAGGAAGCUCUGGUGGAGGUUGCUUUGGUGGUUCAUCAGGUGGCUAUGGAGGUUUUGGAGGAGGCAGCUUUGGUGGAGGCUAUGGAGGAAGCAACUUUGUUGGAAGCUGUGGAGGAGGUGGCUAUGGAGGAGGCAGCUUUGGAGGAGGCAGCUUUGGAGGUGGCAGCUUUGGUGGAGGUAGCUUCGGUGGAGGUGGCUUUGGAGGAGGCUUUGGUGGUGGAUACGGAGGAGAUGGUGGCGGCCUUCUCUCUGGAAAUGAAAAGGUAACCAUGCAGAACCUGAACGACCGUCUGGCUUCCUACAUGGACAAAGUCAGGGCUCUGGAAGAGUCAAACUAUGAGCUGGAAGGUAAAAUCAAAGAAUGGUAUGAAAAGCAUGGCAACUCAAGCCAGCGAGAGCCCCGGGACUACAGCAAAUACUAUCAAACCAUUGAAGACCUUAAGAACCAG